AUGACACUCGAGUCGUUUGAUUUUGAUUCUCACAUUAAAAAUAUAGCUGCUCUUCAAUCUCACCCAAAGAAAUCAUAUACUGAUCGCAUUCCAAGGUUUAAAGAAAAACCCAAAAGUGACAAUGCAGUUUCCUUGGAAAACUCUUUAGACCCUGCCAAGAGCAUCAUGCAUUAUGUUCAAACCGAUCAAAUGAAUCUUGCCGUGCAGUUUAUUCGAGAAGCAAUCAAAACGGAUCUAUUUGCUCUUAAACAUCUUCCAAGUCAAUUUUGGAAAUCGAUUCUGUUGGAGAUUUGCUAUAACAAGCAUAUGCUGAUGAAAAAUACGCCUGUAAUGUAUCGUUUUCUAAUUUCAGGCCAGGUUUUGGAUGCUAUGAAAGAAUUGGGCAUUUACAAAGACUUUACUAUUACCAAGUUGGCUAUUUUGACUUAUGCACAUCUGGGUAAUUAUGAUAAAGUUUUGAGAACUUAUCAGCAAGCGCAAGUAUAUGGCGUGAAUGUCAAAGACAUUGCUUUUCAGACAGUCAUGUGUAGAGCACACAUUCUUUGCGGUGAGGAUAUUGCAGGACUGAAAGCCUUUUAUCAGUUGUCUCACAACGAUCCCGGUCCUCGCGAAUUCGAGUUUCUUCUCCGAGCAUACUCUUUCACAGACAACGAAAAAGGAUUACUCAAUGCUCUUCAGCGCAUGCAGCUAUCCAACGUCAAAGUCACGGAUUUUUCAAUCAAAAUCAUUGCCGAGUUUUAUCUUCGCUUGAAAAAGUAUGAUAUAGCCAAGAAGCACGUUGAAAUGUUUAUAGCAGUUGAAGGGGCCAUGCCAUUGGAGCUUUUUUCUACCUUGAUUGCUGCAGAAUCUGGAAUAGGCAAUCAUGAUGUGGUGCUAAAAAUGAUAGAUGAUGCAAACAAAAAAGGCAUUUCAUUGAGCUAUACUAUGCAUGCUGCACGGAUUAUUUCCUAUGCUAAACUUGGGAAUAUUCCGUCCAUGUGGAGUGCGUAUAUUGACAAUGUACAUGUUGGACAGGUUCGUAUGCGUGCUCGGUUAGCGAUGGUUAAAGCACUUGGCUCGAUUACUACACCCAAGGCUCUCAAUAAGCUUACUCGGAUGGAAAUGCAACACAGAUUAACUCGCUUUCGUAUCUUGCAAGAUUUAAUUCGUGGAUACUCUGCUUUGGGAGAUGUAGCAACUGUCCAGACUUUUCUUGAUAGGAUGCAACAUGCCAAUUUGAGAGGUUCUGACAAUCAAAGUAUACACUUGAUCUGGGCAAAUAUCAACAACAAUGACAUCAAAUCAGCAGUGGAUGCAAUACAGAUGAUAGAAAUCAAGUAUCCUAAUAUGAUAAAUUUUUCCAUGUGGGGUACGAUUCUAUCUAGAGCGAUUAAAAUGGAUCCCAAAAUGAUUGAGGAGAUUUCCGAGUGUAUCAAAAAACGAUAUCCCAGCGUGUCGGUAGCGGACGAGAUCAGAUCUCUACGGAUGUCUUUGAAAGACCAGCAUAGUGACAUGAAAGACAGUGAUGAAUAA